AUGCCACCCCAGAUCAAACAAGACCUGAACCGCUCAGGCUGGGAAUCGACCGAUUUCCCUUCUGUUUGCGAAAACUGUCUGCCGGAGAAUCCUUAUGUCAAAAUGUUGAAGGAAGAUUACGGCUCUGAGUGCAAAUUGUGUACGAGGCCGUUCACCGUCUUCAGCUGGAGUGCUGACCGAGCCCACGGCCGAAAGAAGCGAACGAAUAUUUGCUUGACCUGCGCACGCCUCAAGAACUGCUGCCAGGCAUGCAUGCUGGAUCUUUCCUUUGGGCUACCCAUCGUGGUACGCGAUGCAGCGCUGAAGAUGGUAGCCCCUGGGCCAUCGUCCGACAUCAACCGGGAGUAUUUUGCGCAGAACAACGAGCUCGCCAUAGAAGAAGGUCGCGCGGGGGUUGAAGAAUACGAGAAGACGGACGAAAAGGCCAGAGAACUCCUGCGAAGAUUGGCUGCGAGUAAACCGUACUUUCGAAAGGGCCGCACCGUCGAGAGUGCCAAUGACGAGGUUCAAGCAGGCUCCAGCUCGAGCGGUGGACCAGGUGGCAAUCCAGCCGUCGGCGCCGGUGUCGGUGGACCAGGCCCGAUUCGAACCAGGGACUCGAGAGCUGCGGCAGCUCUGGGCGCGAGGCCGGGCAGGGCGAAGCAGGCUUUUCCAAGCGCUGCACAAUUGCCUCCUGGACCACAGGAUUGGAUGCCCCCGGCCGACAAGAACAUCAUGUCCCUUUUCAUCACCGGGAUCGAGGAUGACCUCCCCGAGCAUAAGAUCCGAGAUUUCUUCAAAGCGCACGGCAGGCUUAAGAGUCUCGUUUGCUCCCACAUGUCACACUGCGCAUUCGUCAACUACGAAACGAGAGAGGCGGCUGAGAAGGCUGCCGCGUCAUGUCAAGGUCGUGCUGUUAUCGCAGGAUGCCCGUUGCGUGUACGCUGGGGUGUUCCAAAAGCAAUUGGUACGAUGGACAAAGAGCAGCGUUCACAAAUGCUCAUGGACGCUCGACGAGGGCAGGCGAACGCGCGCAGAGCGGAUGGCAGGGGUGGAAGAGGGCAGGUCGCAGGUCGCCAGGACGCAGGAAACGCCGCCCACUCGACAGCUGCACCAGUGGUUGCACCCCCACCAGGCGCAGACGAUGGCGCGCAAUAUGCUAGUCUGCAGGGCGACUGA